AUGAAUUUCCUAAAGAUUUUUCAGAGCGAAAAUAAAAGCAACAAUGAAUCUGAAAAUCCCCCCGACUGUGAUGCUCAAAAAGAAAAUGAAGCGUCCUCCCCCCCAGUGACGAAUGACGUCGGGCUGAAUUGUAGCCAAGGUGUCAAGGCUGAGGAGGGAAGAACCAACACAUCACCUCCCUUCGAGAAUUAUGAAGGGAUCAAUGUAGGUAGUCAUGUGGACAAUUCGGUGAGACAGGAGAGCUUUGAAAAUGGCGCAAAUGGUUCAAUGACCCAACCCGCAGACACGGGGGGGCGCCUUCCUCAUGGGGUAACAGAGGUAGGAGAAACAGGACCAAGCGCUUCGGCUAUUCACCCGAUGGGUGUCAAUCUGGUAGGUGUCUCCCCCGUUGACAUGUCCUCAUCCCAAUUCGACGGUCCAAGCAUUCACGAACAGGAGAAAAACUACGGCUACCAAAAUAAUGAGAGCCUCGGCGCAGGCAUGCCUUACACACACAUGGAGAAGAUAAAGGCGGAUGGACCCUACCCCUGCAAUAACUACGACAUGAGUGCCAAUGAUACAUAUGGUGGUGGAAACCAUGGUAGGAGGACUCACGACAAUAGUAGCCUUAACAGUAGCAUGGACAAUAGUAGGGCCCAUUCCAUUCAGUACGUAACUAACCAGGAAGGUGUUCACAAGGUAGAUUAUCUCCACACCGUAGAGAAAAAUAUGAAUAACAUUGCCAACCAAAAAUAUUGCGUUAAUUCAAGGGAGGGUGAGAAAACCUUCCAGUCUCCAACCGAUCUUCAUGUUAACAACGCAAAGGUAAAUGUCUCAUCAUUUGAAGGCAAAACGGGUUCGAAUUACAUCGACAAGAAAAAUAACUACCCAGAGCAAAUAUCGCGUGAUGGUUUCUACAACAAGCAUCAAGUUUUGGGUGAUUCAUACGCAGUCAGUGACUCAGUGGAACCUGUACCAUAUGGGUAUGAUAAACAUGUAAAUAGCAACAACGCAACAAAUGGGACGACGAGUAAUUCUGAAGGAGUGAAUAAUAUUGUCCAUUACCCCUUCCCCUCUGAGGCGUUUCCCUCAGGCAAAGUAACAGAACAUAAUUUAUCGAACAACGUAAUGCAUUCAUUCCAACACCAAUUGAAUGACAAAGCGUUUACUCAAAACACCAAUGUGGCCGCAGGAAAAAAGGUAGACAUUCCUACUAAUCAGUCCUACAUGCAUUUGUACAGUAGCGUAGGUGGAGAAAAAAAAAUGGAAGAAACGAGAGAAAUUAAUAAUUACAACUACGGAGGUGACCUAUUGAACAAGUCCCUUAGGGGGGUGAAAAGCGGCAUACAAGUAGGCACCAUAGAGCAGAUGGACAGAGCAACGAAGCUGAUUCAGGGGGGUCAUAUGGUUAGCACCCCCCAAGUAGACAAUCUUACAAAUGGCCACCUCCGAAUGGGUAAAACGGAACAGAAGCGGAAAGAACAGGUAGGAGAACCCAAGCAAUGUGUCGGAGGGAAGGAAGGACACAACAAGGGAAUCGAUACCGUCGGUAAGAUGGUUCGAUGGAAAGAAAACGAAGAGGAGGUGCAUCACAAGGGGACGAAUGUCGACACUACGGUCGAGGUAGAAGACGACAAAGGGAACGAGUACUACUAUGAGAAAACCUUAGAUUUCCUGAAAAAAGAAUUCAGCAUCGAUCACAGUCAAAGUGGAAAUAACUCCCUAAACGAUAGGGACAUUCUAGAAAAAACAGCCUUUUUUAAGCUAAUCAAUUUUGAAAAAAAGCUAGCUACUGAGCGCAAGCGAGUUUUGAAUUACUAUCACGAAGACAAGAAGCAGAUUUAUUCAAGCACCAUAAAUAAAGACAAGCAAUUUUCGCACAUUUUUUUGAACAAUGAAAAAUAUUAUGAUGCCAAAGAAAUUUUGGCAUAUCUUCUGCCAUACCAUACUUUUUACCUGGAUGACAUUUGUAUCGACUCUUCCGAAGAUGAUGAAGAAUUUUCUGAGAACCUUGAAAGUGACGUUAGGGAAAUCGAUGCGGGUAUCUCCCAAGUAAAGGAUUCCUUUCGUGCAUACACGAACCCCUCCAUGCUGUGGAGUUUCAACAAAAUAAUCGACAGAACGGAUAAUCAGCACAAGCGGAAAAAAGUCGCAGACUGA